AUGAAUCAUGCCCUAGGUGCACUGAAAUAUGCAGUGCCAGUGCUAUGUCGGAUUCAUUGGCUUGGCAGCCACAAAGAUUUACAGAAGUUCCGUCUUUGUCUGGAUGUUGGCAAGUGACAACACAAAGGCGUAGUAUGCGGGUUCUUUGAUGACCUCGAGCCAAUGUACAAGGCCAUUGUCUCAUUGUGGGCGGUCAAAGACGAAUGGAGCAUAAAAUAAGGGAUUUGGUCCUCUUCGCUUCAACAUUUUCCUGAUCUAGAGAUAUUUCGACAUUAACAAACUCCGCAACAGCUCGACAAGUCCGGUUUGCUCAUACACAAAUCGGACAAUAGCCGUCAACCUUGCUAAUACCAACUAGUCUAGACAAGAUUUCGUCAGGAAACACCAAACCGAGAACAAAAACCCGGGAUCGUCAAAACAUCAUACCUCAGUAACCCUUUCCUAAGCACAUUGCUAAUACGCCGAGAUGUCUCCUCAGACGAAUAUCAAGACGUCCUGGCUUUCCCGCAUCAAGCGAUACGGGGGCUGUCUGGUACUGGACUGUUGUAGGCCUUCCAAGGCCAUCAAGCCAUAUGAAGCCAGCUCAGCGCCCUGCCGGUCAGGGUGAUGAUUCCAACACACCCACGUCUCUCACAAGAUCUGCCCCCUCUCCCGCUACCCGAACCACCCGUCAAGAUCCGCUCGAGCAUCGAGCCCUCGCAGCUUUUUGCGGAGCGCGACGGCGCCGCUUCCCGUAGCAGCAGCCGUCUGUCCUCCAGCACCGCCGGUUCAAAAUCCUCCUCCCGCAGGUCGGCCAACGAGGAUGAACGGUUUGAACGUCUCAAUAGGAAGUUCCUCGGCGCUUCCAUCAUCGACGAGGUCCUCGGCAUAUUCGACAAGGCCAGCAACAUGCCAUAUGCAGUCUGCGGCAUGGCGGCCUUGGCGGCUUGGGGAUACACUCUGGACAAGCCGCGGCACAUCACCAUCAUGGUCCCUCCGUACUGCCGCGAUACCAUGACGGGCUGGGCCAAGACCGUGCCCCAGUUCGAGACCUUUGCCUCCCGCCCGGAUGUCAUCGGCGUCCAGACCAGCGACGGCACGAUCGUCCGCAUCAACAUCACGUACCCGGACGCUGCCGACGGCGUGUGGGAGGACUACUUCAAGACCAACCGAGUGCAGCUCCACGGCAUUGGCGCGUUCGCAGAAGUGCUGCGUCUGUCAAAGCUUCUGAACCAGACGGCCGUCAGCUACAUGGAUGCCCUUGAACUGGAAGAUGCCGAGCUGAUGGGCUUCAUCAGCAGCGAUAUCCUUUGGAUCCUGUGGCGCAUUGCUAGAGGUCUCGCUCAGGGUGAGGAGAACGUCAAGCCGCUGAAUCCAACCGAGAUCCCAUCCGUCAUGGACAGGACAUUUUGGGACUCGUUCGUCGGCACUCACCCCGAAGCAUCCGAGAGGUUUGCCGCCGCGGGCUUGCACAGCAGGUUUCAACCGAGUGGCGACGUCCGUCCCUCGAUGCAUUCUGUGCCCCAGCCCUCUAAUCCUUACUGGCAGCCCAGCCCACCCACCGUCGAGACGGUUGACCCGAUGACGGGAAGCAGUAGGACCUCGAUGCCGACGCGGACCGAAUCGGCCAGUACCGUGAGGCUCACCCCUGCGGAGAAACUGAAGCAGAGGUUCCAACAGCCGCGGCGGCAAACUGCCACGAACGGCAAUGGACAGCCACACACGAGCCGCGCCUCGUGUCCGGCUAGUCGCAACGGAAGCAACUCGAUGGCGCAGGCCUCGGGGCCCUUUCGGCAGUCGUUGUAA